AUGGCAGAGAUGGUCACUUAUCUUCCUAUAUCUUCGCCGUUUAUUCGGUUCGCGGGUCGCUAUGUCGAUGAAGCUUUCGGUGUGGCUACUGGAUACAACUUCUUUGUAUUCGAGGCAGCAAUGGUUCCUUUUGAGAUCGUGGCCUGCAAUGUCAUUAUCCAUUACUGGAGCGAUAUCGUCCCCGCCGCUGGUAUAAUUACCAUUGUGCUAGUGUUAUACGGUGCCAUCAAUUUUUUCGCUGUAAAGUGGUAUGGCGAGUCUGAAUUCUGGUUAGCGUUGGGUAAAGCACUUCUCAUCAUCGGCCUCAUCAUCUUUACUUUCGUCACCAUGCUUGGGGGGAAUCCACUUGGUGAUCGAUAUGGAUUCCGACACUGGCGCGACCCUGGUGCUUUUGCUGAGUUCUAUAAAACUGGUGACCUCGGCCGGUUCUUGGGCUUCCUGCAAUGUAUGAUCCUGGCCUCGUUCACAAUUGCCGGGCCAGAUUAUGUAUCAAUGGCUGCUGGAGAAACAGAAAAUCCACGUUAUGUCUUGCCUCGCGCUUUCAACGCCGUCUUCUAUAGGUUAACCGCAUUUUUCGUCUUGGGCAGCUUAUGCGUGGGAAUCGUUGUUCCCUACAACGACACGACAAUGUCAGACGCCUUCAAAAAAGGUUUGCCAGGAGCUGCUGCGUCCCCCUAUGUUGUUGCCAUGGACAGGUUGCAGAUCAAAGUUCUCCCACAUAUCGUCAACGCAAUGGUGCUCGGGGCGGCAUUCAGUGCAGGAAACUCCUACGUCUACUGCGCCAGCCGCAGCUUGUUCGGUCUCGCCCUUGAAGGCAAAGCACCUCGCAUCUUCACCAAAUGCAACAGGAAUGGUGUGCCAAUCUACUGCGUCUCACUUGUCUUACUUAUCGCGCUCCUAUCCUUCCUGCAGGUCUCUAACGAAGCAUCCGUCGUGUUGGAUUGGUUCGUAUCCCUCGUGACUGCUUCGCAGCUUCUCAAUUUCUUCGCAGUAGCUUUUACGUACACUCGAUUCAUGAAGGCUCUUGACGCGCAGGGUGUUUCGCGCGACUCGCUUCCGUACAAGGGUUUCUUCCAACCCUAUCUUGCAUAUUAUGCUUGCGCAGGGACGUUGACCAUGGCUUUUGUAGGGGGAUAUACAGUAUUUUUACCUGGGAACUGGAGCAUACCAACGUUCCUAUUCUCCUAUACGAUGAUUGGGUUAUGUCCAGUGCUUUUUAUUGGGUGGAAACUGUCCAAGAAAACUAAAUGGUUUAAGCCCCAUGAAGUGGACUUAUUCAAGGAUGUCGCGGAGAUUGAUGAGUAUACGAAAAACUUCGUUCCGACUCCACCGAGAAAUCGGAUCGACAAGUAUUUCAACAAGCUAUUCGAGUAG